AUGUCAAUAUUCACGACUUUGGGAAUGUUUAUUAUAGAUGAAAAUCGGUAUGUUAGUCCUUCAUAUCCACCUCAGGAAAAUAUUAUAGGGGGAGCUGGGCCAUACGCGAUGAUUGGCGCAAGAAUUGUUCUGCCAGCACAAUAUAGUCGGAAAAUUAGUGGAAUUAUCGAUGAGGGGACAGAUUUCCCGGUGAAAAUACGCGAAGAAAUAGAUACAUGGCAAACAGGUGCUAUUUUUCGUAAAAACCAUAAUCGGUUAACUACUCGAGGGGUUAAUAUAUAUGAAAACGGAAUUCGGUCGUUUGAAUACCAAACACCAAAAAAGAGAAUUGAAGUUGAAGAUGUUUUACAGUAUCCGGAAUUGAGACAAAGUCAAUGCUAUCAUUUGAUUUGCUCAAUAGAUCGUUGUAAAUUGAUUAUUGAAGAACUAGGGAAAGUGAAUCCUAAUGCGAUCUACAUAUAUGAACCAUUGCCUGACGACUGCCUUUUUGAAAAUUACAACAAAUUAAAAGAGGUGCUACCUUUGAUACACGUGUUUUCUCCAAAUCUCGAUGAAGCAAAAGCAUUGACUCUGACAAACUCAAUAAAUGCUGACCUCACGGAGUUGUGCAACAAAUUCACAAGCUAUCAAAAAAUAGCGAAUUCGGGUACAGUGAUUCGAUGUGGUGCUUCCGGAUGUCAUAUUCAAACACUGAAAGAAGCAUCUCCGUGUCAGUUAAACGUCACCUUACCAGCCUACCAUCAAGAUCAAUCUAAAGUGAUCGAUGUUACAGGUGGAGGCAAUUCCUUUUGUGGAGGAUUCAUCAUGGUAUGGUUUUUGAGUGGCCAAGACUGGAUUACUAGUGGAGUUUGUGGCAUUAUAAGUAGUGGGUGUAUCAUUGAAAAACUUGGAAUGCCAGUGCUUGAACAGAAUAAGUUUAAUGGGCUUUCCUUAGAGGAGAGAUUGGGAACAUACUUCAAAAAGAAUCCUCAACUAGCUGAUAAAUAUAAAUUGGAAAUAUCGUAA